AUGGGGUCCCCGGGCAAUAGGGGAUCAUGGGGCCCCUGUGUCUUUGCUCAAACUCAAAAAAGCCUAUGAAAAAGGUACCAGGGGCAUCUCAUGGGGCCCCCUAUUGACCCUGGGCCCACGGGCAGUGCCCGAGUUUCCAAAUGGUCAGUCCGCCCCUGGUUUAAAUGUAUUCUGCAACAUUUCUUUGGUGAAAAUAUUAGAAUUUGUAUUUUUUUUUUUCCCAAAUGUUUAUUUUUUUUAAUAACAUUUUUUCUUUUUUUUUACCAUUUUAUUUUUCAGCACACUGUGACCAAAGCAAUACAAUGUUACCAUAGUAACAUUGAACUGCUCUGG